AAACGAGAGGAAUGGGGUCAAUGACAAGACACUGGAGAGAACGUAUAUUAUUGUCAAACGGACAAUAAUAUGUUUCUCUCCACACAUAACCAAAGACUUUGUCAUGGCUCUGCUACAGGACCAAGAAAAACAUGACUAAGGAAGCAGAGCCAUGACAAUUUUAGCAUAAUCUCAAGGAUUAAUUUCAUGAACUAUUUUAUGACAUUACUGUUUUGUAUGAAUUUAUAGGAAGUGAAUUAUACAAAAACAUUUGAUUAUUAUUACAAUAAUGAAGCCCCACCCCUAAACCUUACCACUACUGACAUGAAAGCAGAUCAUACCAAAACUUCUGAAUGAUAUUGUACAAAUACAUACAAAUAAGUUAAUUAUUUUAUUUUAUUUAUUAUUUUGUUUUGUUUUAUUAUUUUUUGUUGUGUUUUAUUUUAUUUAUUUUGUUAUUAUUUUAUUUUAUUUUAAUAAUCAAAACUCUAAUAAACAUAAAUAUUUUGCUGAAGAAUUGUAUCAACAACAUGCAAACCAAAGCAUCAAAGUCCACAAGCCCAAACAGCUCAGCUGAAUCUUUGACCCAUUUGCUCUCAAACAGUGUUUGACAGUGUUCUCUAAUGUUGUCAUAUAGACAGCUUGUACUAGGAACGGUUACGACAUUCUCCUAACAUAGCAGAGCCUGGACCGAAUGCCCCAGCACGGCCUUAUCAGAGAGUACAUUCAAAUAUGUUCUGGCUCUUACAAGGAAAAGCCAAAGAGACACAUGUGGUAUGAAACUGACACUGACAUUGAUUUUUGACUGAACAAACUACAUUUUGUGUUUGUUGGAUUGGUUUACUUAAACUCCUACUCAGAUGGGCUGAUAGCACAAAUUAGGGCAAACAGAUGGCAUAUCAUUAAAAAAAAUUAUCUUUGAAGCCGAAGCUAAUGAUCUCACCUCUCACUUCCCCUUCACGGCCAUCUCUUGACUCUGCAUGAGGUGAGAGCCCAAAUAAACUCUUGUUCAAAGUGUGAUCACUGUUUCUCUUUGUGUUACAAACGAGCAAUUGCAUUAUCAAAAAACAUUGUUUUAUGAUGCUUAAAAACCUUAAAUGCUAGCCUAACUCUUUUAGUAUACUGUGUUAUUGGUGCAUUAACAUUUCAGCUAAAUGUUUCUCUCCAACUCGUAUUUUCCAUCUCAGACGCAAAGGCCACUAUAGGCUGUAGCAACAAAAGUCAUAGAUCAAAGGGUGGCAUGGAAUUGCGCGUCCCUUUCGAUAUUACGAUUAGAGAUCAAAUUUGUCAUUUCAAUGUCUUGAACUGUUACCCCCAAUCCUACAGCUCUGAAAGUACCAAGAUAGAUUUACCAUUACUGAUCCUAAACAUGUUAUGGUACAUUUAGAAUAAAUCAUUUAAUAUAACUGGAAAACGGAGUAAUAUGUGAUAGUAUCAAGAGUUUAAGAAUGUGUAAUCUAAAGAAAAAAAUCUAUAUGCCUUAAUAAAACUUCAACUGGUUUUAAUCAACCUAAAAAUAUUAGAUUACACACAGCAAAAGUCAUUUUAGGGUGGACAAUGCACAGGUAGUUAGAUUGUAAGUCAUCGUUAGUAUGCUAUUUUUUUACUUUGCCGAAAAGGACUUUGCCGUUUGGAUUAAAAGAACAUUUGCAGGGUUUUAUAACUCAACAUAAAUGGAAGCUACCACGUGUAUUUGUGCUUACUGCAUUGAUGCAGAGCUCCCCCGGCCUCUCAGUGGGUGACUUUUGAACCCUACUCCUCCUGUGAGGAGUCAAGGGGGUGAGGUUCACCUCCAAAUACCUGCCCCCUCUGUCAAAUGAGCAUCAUAAAAGAGAUAUCUCUGUCGCCAGUUCCUCAGUCUCUUCCCAGACCAGCUACAACAACAGGUAAGCAGCCAGCCUGAAUGAGGACGAUUUUGUUGUGUUUGGAAGCAUUGGCAACCACAAACCAGCUUGUAUCGCAUGUGACUGCUAAAUCAUUUUUGGAAGAUUUAGACAUUUUGGUACAUGCUUAUUUUUCCUUUUUUGUGUGUGUGUGUUUUAAACACCAGAAAUUAACUUCUAUUAGCAUACAUCAAGUAUUAUGGCUAAUGUAACUUGUUUGUGGCCCCAGGUCACCUUUCUGCUUUCAGAUGCUUAAAAGUUAGAUCAGGCUUUCGACCAAAGAUAUUCAGGUCCAAAUUAAUCCAGAGGAUCUUUUAGAUUGUGAAGUGGUAAUCUAGUUGUGAAGCCUCUAACUCUGUCUAAUCUCAGAUAUAUCUGGAAGUCGUCUAAUAGACACGUAUACUGCAGACUUAAAUCCAUAAUAGCAAGCUGCAUGUCUUACUAAGCUUCUGGUGUCAUUCUAAAGUAUUAAAUAACUUCUCUUUUUUUCCUCAGAUCCAUCAUGAGGUUUAUAGCCCUUACACUCACAGUUUUGCUGGCAGGUAUAUAAAGUCAAUUAAUUUUCUGUACUUUGGGGAAAAAAUAAAUGUCUUAAUUGGUCUUAUUUAACUAUAGAACUAUCUAAACACCCAUACAACUAGAUACAUUUACUAUUUAUUUAAAAAAAUACUGUUUUAACUUUUACUGUUUGUAAACCCACUAUGGGUUUGUUUUGAUAGAGCCUAAAUUUGGCUAAAUCUAGAAACAUGGUCUCUUUGUUAAACUAUUUUUACCGAAUAAAUCUUUUCCAAUGUAAACAUUUUAGAAAUAUAAAAGUGUUUAGACCUUGUUCUCAGACUUCUACUUCACAUUCAUCCGUUUUAGGUAGCCAGGCUCGUUUCCUUCAGGACGAACCUCCAUCACAGCUGGAACACGUGAAUACUGCUCUGCAGGUGUAUGCAGAUCAACUGAAGCAGUCUGCACACACAGCCCUCAAUCACAUUGAUGACACAGAGUUCAAAGACUACAAAGAAUUUCUGGGCCAGUCUGUGGACAAUAUCCAUGGCUACUUUCAGCAUGCCUUUAAAUCCAUGGGCACAUAUGCUACCCCGGUCAUGGAAGCCAUCGCUCCAGUGCGUGAGAAGUUGAAGAAUGAUGUGGAGGAUCUCUGCAAGCAGAUUGAGCCCAAACGAGAGGAGCUGAGACAGGUGCUGGUGAAGCACUUUCAGGAGUACAGCACUGAGCUCAAGCCAUUGGUAGAGGAGUACUUGACCAAACACCGCGAGCAAAUGGAGGAGCUGAAGACAAAGUUGGAGCCUGUGGUCAAGAACAUGAAGGGGAAAAUUGCCACCAACUGGGAGGAGACCAAGUCCAAGCUGGUGCCCAUCUUGGAGGCUGUACGUGACAAGGUGACAGAGCAUCUCCAGGGACUGAAGACUCAGUUGGAGCCCUACAUCCAAGAUUAUAAGGAACAAAUGGAGAAAAGCACCUUGGAGUUUCGUGAGAGCGUCAGGUCCGGUGAAUUGAGGAAAAAGAUGAACGCCCUGGGCGAUGAUGUGAAGCCCCACCUUGAGGCUAUCGCUGCAGCCAUCCAAAAGGCCUUUAACAAGGAGUAAAGCAUUCUUUUUAAUACCAUAUUGCCUUCUUCCUUUCCACCUGCAUUAAAUACCAACAACUCAGUCUGUCAAGCUUUUCUCAGAGCAUAACUGAUCUUUAUUAAAGCAUAUACAGCCACUCAUGCUCACAAUGCACUUUUCACCCAUUGCCACAACAAAAGGUCUUGCAUUCUCUCUAACUCCCAAACACAGCUACAAAAAUGAGAACAUUGUUUGGUUAAACAAUCAAAAAUCCCUGCGAAAUCCUCUGUUAAGAUGUUUUUUUGUUGUUGGUAAAAAACUAUUUUAAUGUUCAAUAAAACUGAAUA